AUGCAAACCCUACCUAACAGCAAUGGUGCCGCCGCCGGACGGGACUCUAAGAUGAAGUUAUGGGAUGUCGUGGCUGUCUGCCUGGUGCUGCUCCACACCGCGUCCGCCUUCCCGUUGCCCGCCGGUAAGAGGCCUCCCGAGGCGCCCGCCGAAGACCGCUCCCUCGGCCGCCGCCGCGCGCCCUUCGCGCUGAGCCGUGACUCAAACAUGCCAGAGGAUUAUUCUGAUCAGUUUGACGACGUCAUGGAUUUUAUUCAGGCCACCAUCCGAAGGCUGAAGAGAUCGCCCGAGAAGCAAAUGGCCGUGCCACCCCGGAGAGAGCGGAAUCGUCAGGCGGCGGCCGGCAGCCCGGAAGGUUCCAGGGGGAAAGGGCGGCGAGGUCAGCGGGGCAGAAACCGGGGCUGUGUCUUGACUGCGAUACAUUUAAACGUCACUGACCUGGGUUUGGGCUACGAAACCAAGGAGGAACUGAUUUUUCGGUACUGCAGCGGUUCCUGCGAUGCGGCCGAGACAAUGUACGACAAAAUAUUAAAGAACUUAUCCAAAAAUAGGAGGCUGGUGAGUGACAAAGUCGGGCAGGCUUGCUGCAGACCCAUCGCCUACGAUGAUGACCUGUCGUUUCUAGAUGACAACCUGGUUUACCAUAUUCUAAGAAAGCAUUCCGCUAAAAGGUGUGGGUGUGUCUGA